AUGUUUACCUCCAAUCAAGAGGACGUUUUUCCUCCAACCCCCACUCGGAAAGGUGCUGCGGGAAGUAUUAACUCUAGUUCCAAUCAUCAUCAUGGACAAACAUUGAAAAAAUCAAUUUCGUUGGAUUCCAUUCAAUUGACGUCUUCAUCCUCUUCGGAGAGUGAUUCCGAUCGUGAGGAACAUGUCGUCUCAUGGUCGUUAAAUCCGACCAACAGUAAUAAGGGAUCACCAAGAAGAAGAAAUGGAGGAGAAAAUUUAGAGGAUUUUGUACGGAGUAGUAACAGUGGCAUGAACAAUAAUAGAAUUCCAAGUGUCGAUUCUUCAAGUGAUACGUUAUCAAUGUAUGGAGGAGGUGUACCACUCUAUUUACCUGCAACUUCAACGGAAAGCGAUCGAAGAGAAUUGAAAUAUUUGAAAUACAAACGGAGAUAUAAAUCACCAAAACCCAAUGAAGUGAGAAACAAGACAACAGAUCAAUUGAUUCGUUUGGGUUACUCGAUGCGAAAGGAGAAUAUCAAACGUUCUAUUAAGGAGAUUGCAAAACAUCCUGGAAAAACCAUUGAAAAUAUUCAAGCAAAGAACGUGAAAAAGUCUCUCAUUUCCUUUAUCAAAUAUUUACCACAUAUCAUUAUUUACUUUUUUGUGAUUAUUAUUUAUUUUCGAGACGUCAUUUUGAAUUAUUUCCGAUUUUCGCAGUGGCCAUCUAUUAUUUUCAUUCCAUUCAUGUUGGUGAUUGGAAUUCAAAUUCAUGCAUGGGUCAUUUGGUUCAAAGAAGUUUUGAAUAUUGUCAUAUUUUAUAAUUUAAUUUCGUUUGCAAUUUUGGGAUGUGCAAUACUGUACUUUGGUGACUGGAUUUUAGUACAUUUAUUUCCCAAAUACACGGCUCAAGCUCUUGACGGACACAUUUUAGAAACAACGCUUACCAAGUUUUAUUCUGUUCCAGUAACGCACAGUUUUGACAUUCCAAUGUUUAGUUUAAUGCCCUUCUAUAACAAAACAACUCCUAUUUAUUUAAAAAAGCUUAGACAGAAAGCGGAAAUGACCGGUUACGUCUCGUAUGCCAUUGAGUCACAAAAUAACACAUCCGUCGAAGAAAAGGACGAAUUACUCGACGAUAAGGAUUUAAAACGGCUCAAAAGAAAGCUCCUCUACGAUAAGCAACAUCAAUAUCCUUUUGAUUUAUUCCGCAAAAUUGGAAAAUUAGUGACCAUUAAAAAGAAAGGUAGACUAUCAAUCAGUGACGAAGAAAUGUUGGAACGAAUUGCCAAGCUGGCAGAACGAGGAAUGCGAGAUUUGGAUGACACUGAUUACGGUAGCGAUCUCAUGAAACAAAUUACUCCCUACAGAGAUUGGUUUCCAAUUCACAAAAAUUGUCGUGUCACUUUAUAUCACGAUGCACACAACUCGUUCAAUGGCAGAAACGCCUUCGAAGACAUGUACGACGCCAUUGAAAAUGCCAAACAGCUGGUCUACAUCACAGGAUGGUCCAUCAAUCCUCAUAUCCGUUUGAAACGAGACGCUCUUGAAGAUUCCAAGGAAGCGCGAACUCUUGGACAAUUACUUAUUGAUAAGGCCAAUGAAGGUGUUGCUGUAAAUAUCAUUCUAUGGAAUGAAACAGGAAGUACCAUCUCUUCAAACAUGGAUACCAACGAUGGAGAGACUAUUCAAUAUUUCCAAAAUACUCGAGUGGUCGCUGUUCUUUCACGACGAUCAGGAUAUACCGGACUCAUCUUUUCACACCAUCAAAAAACCUUAAUUUGUGACAAAUUUAUUCCAGAAAAGAACAAGAGAACGGUCAUAGCUUUUAUUGGAGGACUUGACUUGACCAAAGGACGCUACGACACACCAGCUCACCCUCUAUUCUCAACUCUGGAUACUUAUCAUAAAGAUGAAGUUUACUCGUCUCGCCCGCUCGAAGUGAAACAUUUAGGACCACGACAACCUUGGCAUGAUAUUCAUUGUUUGGUGGAAGGAAAAGUUGCAUUUGACAUUCUACAGAAUUUCGAAGAACGAUGGACUUCUCAACUUGGGGUCUCAUUGCCUAAACGUCCACCGACCUAUGCUGAAAAUUUUAAGGAAAACUCGUGGUGUGUACAAGUUUUUAGAUCGUGUGACUCUGACUCGAUAAGACCUUUCGCCAACAGUUUUACCGUGUUUCCAAGAAUUCAAGAAGCAUACAUUAGUUUGAUUCAAAGAUCCAAGAGGUUUAUUUAUAUUGAAAAUCAAUACUUUUGUGGAUCGAGUUUUUUAUGGGAGAAUCGAUUGGAUGCUCAAUCAUUGAAUAAUAGAAUACCUUUUGAAAUUCUUGAAAAGAUUCAUGAGAAAAUUCAAAGUGGAGAACCGUUUACAGUGUUUAUUGUUAUUGUAAGUAGGAGUAUUGCUUGUGUUCUUGUGAAUCAAGAAAUAAUUUAUUUUUCUAUAGCCAUUGUUGUAAGUAUUUCCCAGCGUUUAAGGUUAUUUCAUGAUGACAAAAUGAUUACCAUUUGUAAUGAUCCAAUAAUCAAUGCCUUUGACUAUAGCCCUGAUGGAUUUAAUUCGCCAGAGAAUCAAUUUCAACAAGAACAAAUUUUCUUCACCUAUUCAACGAUUAAAAGCAUGUACAAGGUUAUUGGUGAGAUGAUUGAAAAAACACAAAUGAAGAGUUAUAGACCUACCGAUUUCUUAAAAUUCUUUUGUUUGGGACAACGAGAAGAAUGUGAAAACUUGCAAGAAAAACUUGAGACCGUGACCAAACAUUCACCACAAUACAAAAUGCUCAAAGCACAAAGAAGUAUGAUUUACGUGCACUCGAAAAUGGCCAUUUUCGAUGAUGAAUAUAUUUUAGUGGGCUCUGCCAACAUUAAUGAGAGAAGUUUGGCUGGUGACCGAGAUACUGAAAUUUGUAUUGGGGCUUUUCAACCACGAGAAGACUCCUCCAACGAAUCUGAAGCUUGUGAAAUUAAGAAAUUUAGAAAAAAUUUAUUUUGUGAACAUUUGGGACGAAAUUCUGAAUGUAAUGAUUGGGAGGAUCCGCUUGAUUUGUUCACACAACGUAAAAUUGAUGAAAUUGCAGAAAUUAAUUGGGAAAGUUUUACAGCCGAGGAAUUUACACCCAUGCAUUCACACUUGAUGCAUUAUCCAGUACUAGUUGAAAAUGAUGGAACUGUGAAGCCGAGAACCAAAUACUUCCCAGAUACGAGAGGAAGAGUAGAAGGAGUGAAGAAUUGGUUAUCUCCUGAUAUCUUAACGCAAUAG